AUGAUCGUGUGUGUCGCGGUCGUCGGUCAUCAGAAUAAUCCACUGUACAUUCAGAGUUUUACUGAAGCAGAUGAUGCACUCAAGCUCCACCACAUAGUUCACUGCUCCCUUGACGUUGUUGAUGAGCGAGUGAAUAAUCCGAAGAAAUCUGGGUCAACACUGAAUGAGACAUUUCUUGGAUUGCUUUAUCCAACUGAGAAUUAUAAAGUGUAUGGUUAUUUGACCAACACCAAAGUGAAAUUCAUCUUGGUCACAACGGAUUUAGAUGUCAGAGAUGCAGAUGUGAGAAAUUUUUUUCGGAGGUUCCAUGCUGCUUAUGUGGAUGCAGUUUCAAACCCUUUUCACGUCCCGGGUAAAAAGAUCACAUCCAGAACUUUUGCAGAAAGAGUAAGCAACAUUGUCAAGUCAUUUGGUUUGAGUUCAGCAGGCUAA